UUGCUCUUGUAUGUCCUACUCAACGCUAUUCUGUUCUAUUUAUUUAUUUAGCCAUAGGUGGUUAAAAUAAAGUUAAUUACCUUUCACCUUUUGAUAUUAUUUAAAACCUUUUCAAAAUGGUAGGCUAUCUAAUGCUUUUGAAAAUGUUGCAUUGCACUCUGAAGGAAAAAAGACGUAAAUCCAAAGGAAGCUAUACCGUCAAGUUGAUCAACAACAAUAAAAAACACAGUAGCGGCGGCAGCGGUACGAGAAUCAAGGAAGAACGCUACGAUGCAGAAGAACAAAAUACAUGUCGAGUAUGUCUCAAAGAAGGUAAUAUACCUAUUUAUGGAAAUGAGGAUUACGAAGAUAUAUCGGAAGCUUUAUGUACCUUCGGAGAUGUAACCGUAAGUUCCGAUGACGAGUAUACUAAAUUUCUGUGCAAUUCCUGUUACGAAUUCCUUGUGAGAGCUGUAAUAUUCAGAAAAAAAGCGAAGCAAUCUGAUGAGACAUUGAGGUGGCAGCAAAAUGAUGUUUUCAUGGAAAACGACGACACCACAGACAAUAAAGACGACUGCAGUGAUUAUGAAGAGCCCAUUAAAGAAGAAUCUAAUUAUUUCUGCAGAAAAUGCAUCAAAAGCUUCAAAACAUUCAAAGAGUACAGUGAACAUAGAUUGAGCGCUGAGCAUGAGAAUGUUAGACACAAAUGUCCAAUAUGCAACAAAUUGUACACAGCUGUCUAUAUUAAAAAACAUAUGUUGUUACACAAGAAUGAGAGACAGUUUAUGUGUGACAUAUGUGGGAAAAAAUUCCCUCUGCAGGGUCCAUUCCAAAGGCAUAGACUAACUCAUUUCUAUAGCCUCCCUUUCCAAUGCUCUCUAUGCCCUUACAGGGGGCGGUUUACUGAGUCUUUAAAAAUGCAUAUGAGGACACAUACUGGUGAAAGGCCCUACCAAUGUUCCCAAUGCCCGUCCAGAUUUGUAAAUACAAGCAAUCUGAAUAAACACAUGUUAACUCACAGUCGCGACCAUCACUUUAAAUGUGACAUGUGUGGGCGAGGGUUCCAUAGUAAGAGAGACUUGGGGAUACACUUUAAAGUUGAUCAUACCGGAUUGAAGGAGCAUGUGUGUGAAGUAUGCGGGAAGGCAUUUGGAUAUCGCAAGCAAAUGAUGAAACAUCAGCUAAAUGUCCACAAGAGAGAGAAAUUGCGCAGUGGAAGAAUGCCGCUGUAUUUGCAAGUGAAUAACCAAUGCAAAGUAACGUCAGAGUAGCUAUAGUUUCCGCUUGUAUGAUUAACUUGAUCUGAAAAUAAUAAACUAUUAUGUCAAUAUUAUGCAACUACUGUAUAAAA